GCAGAGGAAACUGUCAUUGAAAAAAAAAUGGAAGAGGCAGCUGAGCGUGCAGAGGCAGGCCAAGAAGAUCCGGAACAAGAUUUGGAAUUAGAUUUGAGGCUGAUGCGAUUUGAGCAAUUAAUGGAUCGUAGACCAUUUUUGGCAUUGAGAACCAUAGAUCCUAAGAAAGCAACCGGAAAAUUUCAUGAGUUGUGGGUCAAUUUUGCCAAGUAUUAUGAGAAAGGAGGCGAUAUUGAAAAUGCACGUACAAUUUUUGAAAAAGCAACUCAUGUCAACUUUAAAAAUGUCAACGACUUGGCUACCUUGUGGUGUGAAUAUGCAGAGAUGGAAUUACGGCUUGAAGCAAUUGACGUAAUGGGUCGUGCCACAGUUCCAGCAGGAAAUCCAAAUGUAGAUUUCCGUGAUGAG